AUAAUUUGCAACAAAAAAUAACUUAAAACAAUUGAAUUUGUUGAAAACGAUUGCGAUUUUUAUUUGUGCGAGAAUAUCAGAAAACGUCGAGAAAACUUAAAAAGUUUUUCUUUACUUCAGUGAAACAAACAUGAUACUGCUUUUUAUGAGCUCAUUGGGACAGUUAUGCUUUCCUAAACGCCAGCUAAAUAACAACCUAACAACGUUUUAUUCAACAUAACAAAGAAUCAUUGUUGAAAUUGAAAACGAACGACGUUGAAACAGGAAAACUAGAAUCUUAAAAAGUCAGCUUUUGAGAUAAUAUUUUAGCGUAGAGUUUUCAGUUCAGUGUAUUUAGUUAUUUAAAACAACAAAAACCACAAAAAAAACCAAUAUUAGUUGUUAAUCCUUGUUUGUAUAGCUAAGCAAAUCAUUAUUUAUUUUCCCCACAUCUCAUCUCUAAGUAUAGGCGCAUUUUUUUCACAUAUAUUCCCAACUGCAUCGCCCAACCAAAAAAGAGGCUAUAUUUUCAAAAAUAUUUACUUCUUUUUGCUAAAAAGCUAAGGUGGUAGAUAUUUCACUUUAUCCUUAACAAGUCCUAACACUCCCGAGAUAUUUUCUUCUUUGGAACAAGUAUUCCUCAAGUAUUGAUGUAGUGGCAUUAAUUUCUUUUGAAAUUCUUUCCCAACAAACAUGAGAAUUGCAAAAAUGAAAUUUAAACGCAAAUUUGGUUGUUUAAAUAUUUGAAAACAAAUAUUUAUACAAAACCCCCACCCCAACAAAACACCUCUCGCCACCACCACCACCACCAUCACCAUCUCCACAUACACAAAUACACAUUUCAAUCCAACCAAACAAAAUAACAAAUUAUCAAGGAUUCAUUUUGUUUCAAUUCUUUUUCGAAACAUUUUCGUAGCAUCUUAAAGAAAAAAAAAAAAAGAAAAUACCUAAAUAAAUUUUUUCAAGUUCAAAAUUCAAAAAAUUCAAAAGAAAGCUCGCAAAGUUUCUGAAACUCUUUUUAUUGGCAAUCAUCCUCUCUCUCGCUCUCUGUCUCUUUUAGAAAAAGCCAAGCUUUUCUAGAUUAGCAGUUUUCCUGUAAGUUUUUCCCUUUCUUCGGUUCCUUUGUUUAUUGUUGUUGUUGUUAGUGUAACAAACAUAUUCGGCAUUUGAAAAGACCGGAAGGCUUAUUUUGAAAAUGGAACCCUUUUCACCGGAAGUCCUUUGGAUUGUUAUUGUCGGUUUUAUUAUCGCAUUUGUGUUGGCAUUUGGCAUUGGCGCCAAUGAUGUGGCAAACUCAUUUGGUACCAGCGUUGGCUCAGGCGUUUUGACCAUACGACAAGCAUGUAUUCUGGCAACAGUUUGUGAAAUUUCCGGAGCUGUUUUAAUUGGCUACAAGGUAUCGGAUACGAUGCGCAAAGGCAUACUGGAAGUUGAACUCUAUCAAGGCUACGAAGAUGAACUUAUGCUCGGUUGUUUGGCAGCAUUGGCCAGCAGUGCGAUAUGGCUGUUGGUGGCAACAUUUUUGAAGCUACCAAUCUCCGGUACGCAUAGUAUAGUGGGCUCAACUAUUGGCUUCUCUUUAGUGGCCAGGGGUACCCAGGGUUUGAAAUGGUCAACCAUGGGUACUAUAGUUGGUUCGUGGUUUAUAUCGCCGGUCUUAAGUGGUUUAGUGAGCAUUCUGCUCUUUCUGGCCAUCAGAAAAUUUAUUAUAAGAUCACCUGAACCGCUUAAAGCCGGAUUUCGUUCGUUGCCCAUAUUCUAUGGCGUCACAUUUUUCAUCAAUGUGAUCAGUGUUAUGUUGGAUGGACCGAAGUUGCUUUAUAUGGAUAAUAUACCCACCUGGUUGGCUGUGACUGUAAGUUUAGGUUUGGGUCUAUUGGUGGCCAUUUUGACUCAAUUAAUAUUGGUGCCUGUGCAGAAACGUAAAAUCGCCAAACAGCUAAGAGCCAAGAAUCCUGUCAAGUUUCAAUUUGAGGAUUCUGUGGAAUCAUCACCGUCCGGUAGUCCUAAGAAAAAUCGUCGUCCUCUCAGUUUGGUGAGCGAUGGCAAACAACUGCCUGCAAUUGCUGAGAUAACCGAGCUGGUCUCGUUGACAGACAAUUCGCCGAAAACUUUUAAAUUAGCUCCCUUCAAUUUGAGUGGUAACAAAGCCAACGGUACCACGCCCGAUGGCUAUAAGAUAAAUCCGGAAAUCAUCAAAAAGGCCGAAGAUCUCUUGGGCAAGGCUAGCUUGGACAAUACCGAUUUGACCAUAACCAGUUUGAAUUUUAUCGAUGAACAUGGUAAUGGAAACGGCAACGGCAACGGUAACGGCAAUGGUCAUCAUGUGGGCCUAAAUGGUCUUCAAAAAUCGAACGCUAAGGGCAAUUUGAAUUCUUUGGAGGACUGUUUUAAGCCGCCACCCCACAACGAGACGUUGCCAGUCACAUCCCCAACGAAUGAGCUUCCAAAUAUAACCGCCAAUGUAGCAGCUACUGCGAAUAAUAAUAAUCCCAUUAAAGAAAAUACUGCCUGUUCCUUGGUGUCGAAAGAUGAAUGUGAUAGGGUUGGUGAAACGCCAAAGAACCUGACAGUGGUCGAAAGUGGCACCAGUUUGGAGAUGAUGAUUUCCACCACACUCUCGCCCAACUCGAGUAAAGUUCCUUUGAUUGAAAGUAAGGAGGCCAUAAAUGAAUUUAAAAAUCCCACAACGGAGCACAACGACGAGGAAACGGAAGAAAUUUCCAUGUUAUUUUCGUUUCUACAAAUCCUAACGGCUACUUUUGGUAGUUUUGCCCAUGGUGGCAAUGAUGUCAGUAAUGCCAUCGGUCCCCUGAUUGCUCUGUAUAUGAUUUAUCGUGAAGGCUCUGUGAUGCAAAAGGCCGAAAGUCCUAUUUACAUUUUAAUAUAUGGUGGCAUUGGCAUCUCCAUAGGUUUAUGGCUUUGGGGUCGACGAGUAAUUGAGACCAUUGGCAAUGAUCUAACCAGGAUUACCUCAUCCACGGGUUUUACUAUCGAAAUUGGUGCCGCUAUAACUGUACUGCUGGCCAGCAAAGUUGGCAUACCGAUUUCCACUACACACUGCAAGGUGGGCUCAGUGGUAUUUGUGGGACACAUAGCCUCCAAGGGCAAAAGUUCAAGUAAAACGGAAUCAAAGCCAAAAAUUCACGAUGAACUUGCCAAAGAUGGACAUCAGCAGGCUUUGGAGAAUGGUACUCAGGAAAUUUACAAAACAACAGUGGAGCCAAAAGAAUCAAAACCUGGAGGUGGCGGUGGCGAUGGCAGUGUUGAUUGGCAUUUGUUUAGAAAUAUAGCAUAUGCUUGGAUAGUUACGGUGCCCGUAACGGCGUUACUAAGUGCUGCCAUUAUGUUUGUUUUAUGUAUGGCAUCUGGAAUUUAAGUUAUGAAACGGUGAAACUUUACAAAGCCGAACGAAGAUAGCAAAAAAAAAAAAAAAAAGAAUAAAUAUAUAAACAAAAAUAAGUUUUACUUAAAGAAAAAAAUGUAUACAUAAUAGAAAGUACUUAGAAGCCGAAGGAGUCCCAUAUAUACAUCCUCAAUUCCUAUAAGAAAAUCGAAAUCCCACUUAACAAAAAGCUACAGUAGUUAAGAACAGUAAAUGAAAAUUGUUAAACGCAUGAUAUUUGAAGCAAAACAAUGAAACAAAAAAUUCAAAAUAAAAUUUUAACUAAAACUUCUGAUUUUAAAGAA